GAAUCUAUCUUUGUUUGGUUGCUAUGUCUUGUUUUAUGUUACUGUCUCUGCAGAGAUGAGAAAGAUUCAUAUUUAACCAACUCCAGUUGUCAAAUCCACACGGGGCAGCAUGAAACAGAUUCAAAUUUGCAGACACACACACUGCUGGAGAAGACUGAACGCCCCCAGCAUGAUUCUCCCCAAACAGUUGAUGAUGUGCUACAGAGAGUCAAAGACAUUCACAAAUUCAACAUGAAGAACAAGUAUGAGACUUUAUUUGAGGGAAUCAAACUACAAGAAAGCAAAACCUUGGUUAAUAAGAUUUACACAGAACUUUACAUCAUAGAUGGAGUUAGAAAACUUGUGAAUGAAGAGCAUGAGGUUUUAAAGAUGGAGAGAACUACCCAAACAUUUAAACAACACUUACAAGACACUCAAAUAAACUACAAUGACAUAUUUAAACAUUUACCUGAACUAGCAUGUAAAGAGAAUAGAAGACAGAAUAAAAUAAAAAUGAAGACUGUUCUUACUCAAGGCAUCGCUGGAAUUGGAAAAACAGUCUCUGUGCAAAAGUUUAUUCUUGACUGGGCUGAAGGAAAAUACAAUCAGGAUGUAGAUUUCAUGUUUGUGCUUCCAUUCCGUCAGAUAAACUUGAUAAAAGAUGAGCAGUACAGUCUUCACAAACUUCUGCUUAACUUUCAUCCUGAACUUCAAGAUCUAAAGAUUUAUAACGAGUGUAAAAUUGUGUUUAUCUUUGAUGGACUGGAUGAAUGCAGAAUUACACUGAAUUUUACAGAUAGUGAAAAGGUUUCUGACGUGAAAAAGUCUUCAUCAGUAGGGGUGAUGAUAUCAAACCUGAUCAAAGGAGAUCUGCUUCCCUCUGCUCACAUCUGGAUCACGUCCAGACCAACAGCAGCCAAUCAGAUUCCUUCUAAAUACAUCACACGUGUGACAGAAAUCCAGGGAUUCAAUGACGCUCAGAAGGAGGAAUAUUUCAGGAAGAGACUCAGCAAUGAGCAUCAAGCCGACAGAAUCAUCUCACACAUUAAAAGAGUGAAAAGCCUCCACAUCAUGUGUCACAUACCGAUCUUCUGUUGGAUCUUAUCUACUGUGCUUCAGAACGUCCUGAAUCAAGACCACACCGCAGAGAUCCCUAAAACACUGACUGAAAUGUACAUCCACUUCCUGCUGAUUCAGAUCAAUUUGAAGAAUCAGAAGUAUGAUGACAGAGAAUCAGAGAAACUCCUGCAGUCCAACAGAGAAGUGAUUGUGAAACUGGCUGAACUGGCUUUCAAACAGCUGAUGAAGGGCAAUGUGAUGUUCUAUGAGGAGGAUCUGAGAGAGUGUGGCAUAGAUAUUACUGAAGCUUCACUGUAUUCUGGCAUCUGCACUGAGAUCUUUAAGGAGGAAUCUGUCAUUUUUCAGAAGAAAAUAUACUGCUUCAUUCAUCUCAGCUUUCAGGAGUUUCUGGCUGCAUUCUAUGUGUUUUUGCAUGUAGAGUGGUAUAGACAUGAGGAAAUCUCUCUCUCUGAAAUAAUAGAAGCAGUAAUUAAUAAUACCCUGGAGAGUGAAAAUGGACAUCUGGAUCUUUUCCUGCGAUUCUUGCUGGGCAUCUCACUGGAGUCAAAUCAGACACUUUUACAGGAUCUACUGAUACACACAGUGAACACCUCAGAGACCACCAGGAACACUGCACAGUACAUUAAAUGCAAAAUUAUAGCUAAUGAAUGUUUAACAGCUGACAGAUCCAUCAACCUGUUUCUCUGUCUGCUUGAAAUGAACGACCAGUCCAUCUACAGAGAGAUUGAGGAGUUUCUGAAAUCAGACAAACACUCAAAAAAUAAACUCUCUGCUUCCCACUGCUCAGCAAUAGCCUACAUGCUUCAGAUGUCAGAGGAGGUGCUGGAUGAGCUGGACCUCAACAAAUACAACACAACACAGGAAGGCAAAUGGAGACUGGUACCAGCUGUGAUAAACUGCAGAAAAGCUCUACUUGUAGGCUGUGAUCUCACUGUUCAAUGUUUUGAAAGUGUGGCCUCUGUUCUGCAAUCACCAAAGUCCCCCCUGAGAGAGCUGGAUCUGAGUAACAUUGACCUGAAGGAUUUAGGAAGUACGCUGCUUUUUGCUGGACUGGAAAGUCCACACUGUCAACUAGAAACACUAAGAUUGGCCUACUGUAAUCUCACUGAGCAAUCAUGCGAGGGCUUGGCAGCAGCUCUAGAAUCACCAGACUCCUCACUUAGAGAGCUGGACCUGAGUAACAAUGACCUGCAAGAUUUAGGAGUAAAACUGCUCUCUGCUGGACUGAAGAGUCCAAACUGUCAACUGGAGAAAUUGAGGUUAUCUGGCUGUAUGGUGACAGAAGAAGGUUGUGCUGUUCUGGCUUCGGCUCUGAGAUCAAAUCCCUCACAUCUGAGAGAACUGGAUCUCAGCUACAAUCACCCAGGAGAUUCAGGAAUGAAGCUGCUCUCUGAUCUGCUGGAUGACAAACAAUGCAAACUAGAUAAUAUCAGUGUGGAUCAUGUUGGAGAGGUCAGGAUUAGAGCCGGACUACACAAGUAUGCCUGUGAUCUCACACUGGAUCCAAACACAGUAAACACUCAUCUAUGUCUGUCUGAAGAGAACGGAAAGGUCUCACGUUUGGGAAAAGAGCAGGAGUCAUAUUCUGAUCAUCCAGAGAGAUUUGAUUACUGGCCUCAGGUUGUGUGUAGAGAGAGUCUGUCUGAUCGCUGUUACUGGGUGGCUGAAUGGAGUGGGUGGAAAGGAAUUGUUAUAUCUGUGACACACAAAGGAAUCAACAGGAAAGGAGGAGGUGAUGACUGUAGGUUUGGAUUUAAUGAGAACUCCUGGAGCAUUGACUGCACUGAUGACACUUUCACUGUUUGGCACAAUAAAAACAGCGCUGAUAUAGAUGCUCCUUCAACCCCGUAUAACAGAAUAGGAGUUUAUCUAGACCGUCUGGCCGGCACUCUGUCCUUCUACAGCGUCUCUGACAAACUCACACACUUACACACAUUUCACUCCACAUUCACAGAACAACUGUGUGCUGGAUUCAGGAUUUAUACUGAUUCCUCCGUUUCUCUGUGCUGCAUUGAUCACUAUAGGUCCCAAAACAAUAACAAAUAAUGAGCAUAGCUUGAUGACAGUGUGAUGACCGUGGUGUGGAAUGAUGGGAGAUGUAGUCUUCACUUCUGCUACAGAUGGAAAUCUUAUGAGACUCACAAAUCAUGUUCAUGGAUGGCCAUCCAUGCCCAGAACAAGAAUGGAUAGUACCCUUCUCGCAUCCAUUUUAGACACCAUUUGGCCUACGUUAAAACAGGGUGGACAGUCAGACAGUAUCCUUAUGCUAAUUCCUUCUGUGCUCUUCCCAACAUUAUAAAAAUUACUAUUGCUCUUUAGACAUGUGGGUUUGUUGAGUGUGUGUGCAGAUUUUUAAGAUGUACAGAGAAAAUGUGUUUUCAGGGGCUGUGUGAGGAUUUACUGAUCAUAUAUGCAGUGAGAUCAUAAAAAAUGAUGGUUUUAAGAACCAUAUAUGGUCAUUUUUGGGAGGAGACCAAGGCAAAAUGAAAGCAUGUGCAUCUGCACACAAUAUUUUAUUUGUGACUGGUGACUGUUGAAUGAUCAAUGUAUAAAAGUAAAAUAAGUAUUUAAGUAGUUAAAAGAUGUGACAAGUUAUUUCUUUUUUAUAUAAGUAAUUAACACAUUUUCAUUGACUGUUUUAUUAGUGCAUGCAAAAUGUGCAUUUGUUUGUGAACGGGUGUCACUGAAAUGUAGUUUUUUUACGAUGAUUAAAGUACAUUUGUUCUUUCA